AUGGAGACUGUUCAAGAGAUAGAAGAUAAACUAAACAAUCUCGGAGAAGAAAUAAUCGAGAACAGAAAUAUUAUAGACAGAAUCAAUGCAGAAAUUUCUUUAUAUUUGAGUCCAAAACUAAAGCACAUCACUUUUUCUGAUUCAGUUCCUGUGAAAUUGAAAAUUGACAGAUCUUUGGCUCUUCUUGGAAAAAUUGAUGAAGCGCUAGCAAAAGAUGAGAACACCAUAGAAGCAAGAGCAAAUUUAAAUACAUUAAUAAAGUUCCUUGAAGUUGAAAAAAAAUCUCAUGAAGAGAUUAAUUAUGAAUUGCAGAUUCCUAGCAAGUUUCACCAUUUAAGCACUGGAUUAUUAUUGAAAGAAGUAUCCUCUAGAGUUCAGCUAGCAGAAAUUAGAAAAAAUCCUUCGAAAAUGAAUUAUUUCGUGACUUUUAUUUUUGCCGCACUUUUAGGCAUUGGGGCGAGCUAUUUGAUUAAUUAUAUAUAUAGGCUGAUUUUUAAGUAA